AUGAAUAAGAGAUGUGUUGGUUCCUGGAAUGUGUUGAUUGCUGCUCAUGUUCAAAUGGGUCAACUGUUGGAAGCUUUCGAGCUGUUUCAGACGAUGUCGAAGGAGGAUAUAUUGCCUGAUAGGAUCACCCUUGCGAACUUGCUUUCGAGUUGUGGUGAUAUGAAGUUCCUCCGUCAAGGCAAAAGCAUCCAUGCAUAUAUAAUCCGAAGAGAAGUUCAACUGGAUUUAGUUGCAACCACUGCAUUGAUUGAAAUGUAUUCCAAGUGCAAUAGAACAAACCAGGGAAGGAUACUGUUUGAUGAGAUUGAAGCACAGGACGUAAUUAUGUUUAAUGUGAUGGUUUCAGGGUAUCUCCAAGCUGGGUUUACUGACAAAGCUUUAGAAACAAUCUGUGGGAUGAUUAAAGCAGGUAUAAAACCUGACACUGCGACCAUUCUUAAUCUUCUUUCUCUGUCUGCGGACCUUAGAGAAAUCAGAAUCGGCAAGGAAGUCCAUGCUUACAUAGUCAGGCGAGGGAUGGGAUCAAAUGUCGAUAUAGCAAAUCAGCUUCUUUCCAUGUACGCGAAAUUCGGGCUAAUUGAGAUUGCUAGGAAAAUCUUCAACAGGAUAACAAGGAGAGACUUGAUUUCAUGGACGUGGAUGAUUACGAGUUACGCACAAAAUGCGUAUGCCAGCGAUGCACUGAUGUUAUUCCGGUUAAUGCAAGAAGAAAAACUCCAGCCUGAUUUAGUCACCUUAGUAAGUUUGCUCCAGGCCGUUUCACGGCUUGGUUGUUUAUUGCUAGCAAAAGAGGUUCAUGGGCACAUAUACAGGAAUCUAUUGGACAAAGAACUACUGAUCAUUAAUUCCCUGUUAACAACUUAUGCAAAAUGCGGAGGCAUAGAUUUUGCUGAAUACUUGUUCAAGUCUAUAGUAAAGAAGAGUCAAAUUUCAUGGAACACCAUGAUUUCUGCUUUUGGGAUGCAUGGUAAAUGUUUAGAAGCACUUGACCUGUUUAAUCAGAUGUUGAAGGAAGGUUUUCAACCGGAUGAUAUAACGUUCACCUCAAUCCUCUCUGCUUGCAGUCAUGGAGGAUAUGUGGAAGAAGGAUGGCUUAUUUUUCAGUCCAUGGCAGAGAAACAUUCUGUUACUCCAAAUACAGAACACUAUAGUUGCGCUAUUUAUUUAUUAAGUCGGUCAGGUCGGCUCGAAGAAGCUUAUGGUCUUGUUCAGCAUUUGCCUCCUAGAGAAAGAACUUCUGCAUUGGAUGCUUUACUAUCUUCUUGCAGAAUUUACGGAAAUGUGGAGGUCGGUGACAUUGUUGGGAGGGAACUACUGGAUUUAGAUCCUAAUAACUCAGCUACGUACGUUCUGUUGGCAAAUUUAUACGCAGAAGCUGGUGAAUGGGGUGCAGCAGCCAGAAUUAGAGAGAUUGCAAAAGCAAAAUCUUUGGUCCGACAACCUGGUUAUAGUUACUUGCAGAGACUUGAAAUUCUAGGAAGUAAUCGCAAGUCUCUAACUUCCUUGAGGAGGAACAUGCCACCAUCAGAGUGGGGAGUGGCUGGAAAACUACCUGCUGCAAAGAUUAAUUAUGGAGAAGCGAUGGUUGUAGCUGAUACAAUGCCAAGUCUUUGCCGUCUCGAGCUUGCUUAUGGUUGA